UCACUCCCGCCUCCAUGUUCUCGGCGCCGCCUGGAAGCAUCCGCCCGAGGUCGCGGCCCGCUCGCAGCCAACGGGCCGGUGGGGAGUCGGCGGCGCCCCAGGCUCUUUCCCGGCGCCGCACGCAGGAGGUGCCUCCCUGAUGGGCGCGGCAUGAGGGUGGGCGGCGCGGGGCCCCAGCCGGGCGGUGGCGGGGCCGAGGCAGCGCCCCUCUCGUAGACGCCGCGCCGCCCCGGGCCCGCGCACGCCGCUCCCCGGCGCGCUUCCGGCCGGGCCACGUGACCGCGCGCGCACGUGUUCCGUCCCUUCCGCGCCGGGCUCCGAGCCUCCUCCCGGCCGCCCCCGGCAGAUGUCCCCCUAGAGCCGGCGCAGGCCGGGCCGGGCAGCGGCGGAGACUGGGCGCCGAGCGGCCGGUGGAGCAGGCCCGGCUGGCGGGCGGCGGCCUCCGCCAUGAACCCCAGAGGCCUGUUCCAGGACUUCAACCCCAGUAAGUUCCUCAUCUACACCUGCCUGCUGCUCUUCUCGGUGCUGCUGCCCCUGCGGCUGGACGGCAUCCUCCAGUGGAGCUACUGGGCCGUCUUUGCCCCCAUAUGGCUCUGGAAGCUCCUGGUCAUCGCGGGCGCCUCCGUGGGCGCGGGCGUUUGGGCCCGCAACCCUCGCUACCGCACCGAGGGGGAGGCCUGCGUGGAGUUCAAAGCCAUGCUGAUCGCCGUCGGCAUCCACCUGCUGCUGCUCAUGUUCGAAGUCCUGGUCUGCGACAGGGUGGAGAGGGGGACCCACUUCUGGCUGCUGGUCUUCAUGCCACUCUUCUUCGUGUCACCCGUGUCCGUGGCCGCCUGCGUCUGGGGCUUCCGACACGACAGGUCAUUGGAGCUGGAGAUCUUGUGUUCGGUCAACAUCCUGCAGUUCAUCUUCAUCGCCCUGAGGCUGGACAGGAUUAUUCACUGGCCGUGGCUGGUGGUGUUCGUGCCCCUGUGGAUCCUCAUGUCGUUCCUUUGCCUGGUUGUCCUCUAUUACAUCGUCUGGUCCCUGCUAUUUCUGCGGUCCCUAGAUGUGGUUGCAGAACAGCGAAGAACACACGUGACCAUGGCCAUCAGCUGGAUAAUGAUUGUCGUGCCCUUGCUCACUUUUGAGGUCCUGCUGGUUCACAGAUUGGAUGGCCACAACACAUUCUCGUACAUCUCCGUGUUUGUCCCCCUUUGGCUUUCGUUAAUAACUUUAAUGGCCACAACUUUUAGGCGAAAGGGGGGCAACCAUUGGUGGUUUGGUAUUCGCAGAGAUUUCUGUCAGUUUCUGCUUGAAAUUUUCCCAUUUUUAAGAGAAUACGGGAACAUUUCAUAUGAUCUCCACCAUGAAGAUAGUGAAGAUGCUGAAGAAACAUCUGCUCCAGAAGCUCCGAAAAUUGGUCCAAUGUUUGGGAAGAAGGCCAGGGUAGUGGUGACCCAGAGCCCUGGAAAAUAUGUUCCCCCACCCCCCAAGUUAAAUAUUGAUAUGCCAGAUUAAACUCCUCUUCCAGAGUCGCCGCCAACACACACAAACUCCACCUCGCUUUGCCUCUUUGCUCAUCCAUCCCAAACCUGGAACUGGAAAUGUGCUCCAAGCACCUCAUCUCCUGCCUUGUUUGAAAUUGAUGCCUGUCAGUGACUCAUUAGUAUGCACCAUAGAUAUAGGAAGUUAUUUUAAUACGUGGUUGUGUGUGGUGUGUAGGUGUGUGAGGGAACUUGGCGUUCCAGGUUGAUGCUUUCAGAUCUAGCUGGGGGCAGUAAGUUGAAUUGUUUUAGUAGGUCCUCAAAAGGAAUAACUACACAGCUGUUUAAGUGCUACUAUACCUAUCAAAAGUGUUGUUUAAAAAAGUAUUUUUAUACACUGCUAGUCUAAAAUUGCAUUUCAUAUUGUAACUGUUUGACAUACAGCAAUUGUAAAGAAUUCUUUCCUGCCACUUGUUUAUAUACCGCAUAGUUGUUAUUUUUAGUGUUCCUACUGUUAAAAUAGUUUUUCUUUGGGCUUUGCUGAUACUGGUCUUUAAAAUUCUAAUAGGUGAAUUUUUCUAAUGGAGUGAAUCCAUGCAUAUAUAGUAUUUAUAUGAAUAUUUUAGCAGUGUGAUAUGUUGAUUUCUAGUUCUCUGUAGUAUAAUGUAUUAUGUUAAAGUAUUUUUUUAGUUUAUAUGCGAAGAUAUAUGUCUGUUGCAGAUGUCCUUAAAGACUGCAUAAAAUAGUAAUAUGUACACAGUAACAUGAUCCUGUCAGCAUACUAGGUGUGAAUACAGGGUUUGAGAAUCCAGGAAUCUUAUUAUUCAGGUGUUAGAUAAUGAGGUCUGUGCCAUCGUAAGGUCUCUCAUAAUACUUGUUAGAGGAGCCACCACCUUUUGGGAACAAAUAACCUGCUCCAGUGUUGUACUAGGUCAUAAAGUGACACAGUUAUUUAGCAUGUUGAAUUUUUUCAUGCAGGUAGUAACAUUUCUUCAGAAACAACCAAAAUAAGCAACAAGUGGUUUGUCCAUUUUUAAGAAUCUUAGAAUAUUGGUUAGCCAUAAUAUGAAGCAUUACUUGUCAUUGGAAAGCUGGAGAGAGUGGCCUUAACCAAAAGUGGCCAGCAGGAUCAGGUUUCGUUUUUGAAGUCCAGACUUUUUGCUCUGUCAGCAGCAGGUUGAUAGACAAGUACAGUGUUUCUUUAGGUUCUGGUAGUAUACCAGGGAAUCAGUAGGACAAAAGCCAGGUCCUACAAGAGUGAUGUUCUUCUGACCAAGAAUAAAUAAAUACUUCCAAAAGGAGGUUAAAAUAAAAAA